GGGAUGGGAGGGGAGGGGAUGGGAUCGGUCGUGAAUGUGGAUGUGAUUGUUUGUUUGCGCGGAGUUGGUGGGUUACCCCGACCACGCACGGAGGGUGUGUAUGUGAAUGGGAGGAUGAACACGACAUUGUUCUGCAGCAAAGCUUGCUGCGUGCGCGGGCAAAGGCCGGCUUUGUGAAAGCAUUUCACGUUACGCACACUCUCUCUCUACGCUGUAUAAGUUCGACUUCUCCAUCCAACCGACUGCAAAGAUCUCAUCGAAACAGUAACGUACGCAACCGGGCCCUUUCCAGAUACAGUAUAUACACAACACUCCCACUGCCUCCCUCAACAAGGCACUGGAUAUAAAGUACGCACCGCCGCUCUGGCAGGGCAGUGGGAUGGGGAAGGCUGACUUCCCUUCCAAAAGCCUUGGUCGCAAGACUACUAUCAAGACAGCCAACAUUCCCCACCCCACGUCUUUGAGAUCUGCUCAUAUGGUACGUACAGCCCCCUUCUGGAUAAGGCAAUGGAAUAGGGAAGGCUGGCUGCUUACUAUGCUGACUCUUCAGGCUUCUGAGAGCGAGAAGGAACUCGUGGGGCAGGCGGUGCGCCAUCUCGCAGAGGCGUACGCGUGUUGGAUCUAGCUCGGGAGGAUGGGGGCCGCGAAGGAGAUAUUGGAGGUAGGGAUGAGGGAGCUUAGGGAGGGAGAGAGGCAGGAGGGGACUGUGCCCGCUAAUGGCGUGACUGCGGAGGAGUCAAGGAAGCCUCCUCAGACUGGUUGAGGGUGAAUAGCCAGCUGUAGGUGGCUGAUGAAGGUGCUGGUGGUGCCAGCGAUUGAUAUGCGCGUUUAAUGGGGUCAUGGUUUUGU